ACAAACUAUUAAUGUGUACCUUUUAAUUUUAGGGUAACAACUAGCCCCAUGCAAUUUAAUAAGAUGUUACUGUCAUUUAUUGAGCUUUACACGUUUUAACAUGUCCUUCGUGUUCCAUUUAAAAAAAAAAAAGAAAUCAACUAUAUCUCUGCAGGUGUUUCUACAGUAGGCUAUUAUAAAACUAUUCAAACACAGUAACAUGAACCUUAGUCUUGUAGUGCCGUGAAAUUCAAAUAGUGUAAUUUAGGCCUUUGAUUACACCGUCUCAUUAAUGCUUGUUAAAGAUAAAAGAAAUAUAUACUUGAAAGUCAUGAUCAUGCCCAAAAGCCAUAACCGCAGCUUUCAUCUUUCUCCAAACUUGCCAUGACAUGACAUGGUAAAUUUCACCGCAAAACCGUGUAAAUCAAGUGUGUAAAACACAGUUAUACGAAAUGAGAUACAAGAAGUACCCUACAGUAAAGUAGGACAAGCGAAACGAAUAUUGUUCCCCGUGCUACCGUUGCUCCGGGUGCCUACCUACACUGACGCGAAACUCGGGGACUGUUUGGGUGCUGAUCAGUGUAUUGACCAGCAUGUUCAAGGAGCAGCCAGGGUUUCAGCGGGAGAAAAGGAUAAUGGGAGAAAGAUGAGAAGGAAAACAAUAGCGAAGCGCAUUCUCGACCUCGAAUAUGAAGAAGAGGAGGAGGAAGACCCAACAUUUGAAGACUUUGGCAUAACGACAUCGCACAGCCAACCUCUAUGUCACAGACUGCAGAAGAGAAGAAAACACACACACCCGGCGAAAGAGAACGGGGAGGAAAAGACACCAUGCAGCACCGCUCUCCAGAAGUUGAAAACGCGGGCUCCAGAUUCAGACAACUCCAGUGUCGACCACAUGGAUGGUGGGGAUUUCCAGGCCGAGGGGCUUGGGGUCCUACAGUCCCGGUCAAAGGCUGACCUCGUUGCCAUGGUGCUGAGCAUGCAGAAAGAGAUGGAGAGCCUGAGGGAGCAAAUCAGAUGCCUCACAGCGUGUGGAAAAUUGGCACGUAACCUGGAGGCCCUGAUCGAGAGGACAGAGGUGUGGCCCAGCAGUGCGCACCAGAGAGCUUCCUCCCCGAGCGUGCCUGAGAUCCUGGUGAGGAGUGGUGCCAUGACAGCGUCUACUAUGCUGACCGCUCCUGGGGUCCUGAACGGGCGCUGGACAGUCAAACCGGAGCCCCUCCACCAGAACGGACCCCUCCAGGGGUCCCAGGAGGACAGUUCCCAGGGCAACGGCCCACCACUCUAUCAAGAGUUCAUCACAGCGGAGCUGCUUGAACGCUGUAACACAGGGACCACUGCCCAGAAGCUGACCAACGACCUGCUCCGGGGCCUCUACGAGAGGGACUGCCUGGCGUCCCACUCCAUCUCGGGCAUCGUCAACAACAAGAGGGGCCAGCCCAAACCCGCCCUGCCCGCAGACGAGAUCCAAGCUAUUCUGAGGGCGGUGCAACACUACUUCCCAGGGAAGACUGACUCGGAGAUCAAGGGAUACAUCCGUCAGAAGCUGCAGAAUGAAGCCAAGAGGCUCCGCAAAAAGCCUCACCUGGCUGUGAAGGUGGAGCCAGAGACCGGGUCCGCGGGGACGGAGACUUCAGUCUACACGUAAAGGGGCCUGCCCUGGUCUCGCCCAGCCCCACCCCCCCAUUCCACCCGGGGAGUGAAGUGCCCAACACCUUUCCGGGCUAAAGUGCCAUUACAUGAGGGAGACUCUCAUAAAAGACACUAUGAGAUGAAACCAAAAUGGAACAGCCUUAUCAAUACCAGUCUAGUCUAGUGUGUCUGUACUUCCUCAGCCAGUCUUUGGGCUGGGAUAUAAGUAGGUGAGGGAGGAGUCUAUUUGUCUGACCAUCUGAUCGGUCCAGGGGAAGUGUUAUUGAACCCAGUCUGAACAGAGCUAGUUACUGCUCAGGAGAAUGUAAAUGAUAAUGUAGCUUAUUCUUCCUGUUCUCUCCGGCAAAAUUCUUAAAGGGAUACCUCAGGAUUUUGUCAGUUAGGCCCUUCGUCUGCAUCCCCAGAUGAAUAAUAACUUGUGAAUGCCAUUUUUAUGUCUCUGCUGAAAAUUUCUAACUAGUGUUACCGCACUUGCUAACUAGCAUUAGUGCAAUUACUGGAAUUGAGCUUACGCUGGUUGGCGCUGUGACCAGCAAAACUACCUCUACUUUCCUUGAUGCUGGAUGCAGAGACAUGAAGUUGGUAGCUGUAAGUUAUUCUAAUUCUGUGGAAUUUGUCAGAAGGCCUCAUUGCCACGAUCACAAAGUAUACCUUUGGGCCUCAGCCUUAGUCAGCCAGCCAGCAGUAGUAGGCCUAUUAGAUGGCAGUGAUUUGUUACCACUUUUAGUACCCCUGUUUCUGUGGAAGUGGUUGCAGUUAGCUGCUCCUCAAUAGGCUAGAGGAGCCAUAGCAGAAGCCCUGAACAACAUAGCCGUUGGCGACGCUGCGCUGCACUCUGAGUGUCCCAUCAGUUUGAUUUACAGUAUUGUCAUUGACCUUGUGAAAUGAAAUGAACCUAGCCUUAGCAUUGAAUGAAUUACAGUGUUGUGGAAUAAAAAGAUGUUUUUUCCUGA